AUAACGUCUAUCAUGCUUAUCAAUAACUAAUUGAUUUCUCAUUUUAGGGAUUAUUAGUUGCAUCAUCUCUUGCAUAUAUUUUACCAGCAUUAUGUUAUUUAAAAUUAAAACCACAUUCAUCACAAUUUUCACUCGAUAAUAUUGCACCAUAUAUUAUAUUAAUUAUUGGUAUAUUACUAACCAUAUCUGGUUUUGUUCUUCCAUUACGACAUGCAUUGCAAGAAGGUUAUUAUUGUCAACAUGGUAUUGAACCUCGUUAUUGUACACGAAUGUUUCCACGAGUAACAAAUUAUACAAAACAUGGAAAAAAAACUCUUCAUUUUCUUUCAUCACUUCAUACAUAA